GCCAGUUGGGCCACCGUACUUGUUGUGUUUUUGUUUUAGUGAAGUCAAAGAUGGCGAACGAACUGGACAGAGUGCGAAUCUCAGCUGCGGAACUCCGAGCUGAAGCGUCGAAUUUAAUUAAUAUUACUGACUGUCAGAAAGAUGAGCAACAGGAGCAUCAUGUACACAAGCAGCAAAGGAAACGGGAAGGAAAGCGCCCGCGCCCUGAACUUCAGCGCUACCAGCCGGUAGCUGGACAUGGACGGUGUCACCGUGACAGUGAGGAGGGAGAAACUUGUCAAAGUGAUCCCCUGGCCGCUGAGUCACAUGGCCAUGAUAAACCACCCCAAAGUGAGAAAAAGGGUGUCUCUGAAAAAGUUUUAGAGAGACAUGUGUGCACAGACAGUGGGGCAGGCACCGACAAAAAGGAAGAAGACAGGAUGAGAGGUGAUGGUAGUAACACUCAGAACUAUAGAAAGGGCGUCCAAUCACAAUCUAAAUUAGAAACAAAUCAAGAGAAAGGCUUUGUUGAAAAUGACAGCGAACACCAGGAACCUGCUGGAGCUGCUAAGCCCUCACGGAAAGCCCGCAAACCAGACCGAGAAUUCUAUCAACCUGGAAGCAGAAGGACCGUUCAGGAAAAUGACUGUGGAGUUGGAAAAGAGCAGGAAAAGCCUGACCUUAGAAAGAAUAAGCAGAAAGCUGAGCCAGAAUCCCAGUUGAGUACAGAGGAAGGGGACAAAAAAACAUCUCUACUGAAGCAGGGAGGGAACGAUAAAGAAGUAAAACAUAUACAGGAAAACCUAAAAUUGUCUAAAUCUAGUGAGACAAACAAAAAGCAAGGAGGCCGAGAUGUGGAAAAAACCCCAUUACCCUCUGAUGCUUCGGUGGACAAAAUUACUAGCAAAGUAGAAAAACUCAGUGUGAAAGAAAAGGGUAAAGUGAGAUGUGAAGGCCAAACUGUUGAAGAGUUAAGUUGCAAGAGAGGGGAAACAACUGAUAAGGAAAAGAGAGGCCAAGGCAGAGGAACAAAAGAGGAGGAUGAAAAGGUAGAGAAGAAGAAGGAAAAGGGAAACCGCAGCAAAAGGGGAGGGGAGAAGGAAAGAGAGAGGAUUCAGGAUUCCAAAAGAGGAGAAGAUGAAGCAGGUGGUGGAGGAAAGGGCGACCAGGGGAAAGCUGAGAAGGAAAGAGACAGGAGAGCAGCAGAAGUGGAUAAUAAACCAGGUAAAACAGCAGAUACACACCAAAGCAAAGGAAGAGAUAAUCGCAGAAGAGGAGACAACAACAACAAUAGGUCCAGAGACUCUGAAAAAGAUGCUAAGACGGAAAGAAAUCCAGACAGGGCAGUAGAAGCAUGCAACAGAAACAAAUCCAAUUCUAACAGCACAACACCAAUCUCAAAACGUUAUUCCAAAUCAGAUAUUCGGCGCUCACGGAAUCGAACUUACAGCAGUAGCUCAGCCAGCAGUGUCACCAGCCUGGAUGGUCCUGGAGUAGCGAUGAAUGUGGAGAGUACCAAGUGGCCACGCUUGGAACCUAAGCAUAAAGAGGGGAUUGCCAAUAGUGGAGCAGGACGAAGGAGUCAUUUACAAAGCUGGACAACCAACGGGGAAUCAUCUACAGAAUCAAUGGAAGGAAGUGAGAUGAGUGACAAAGCAGAAGACAGGAGGAGGAGAGGUGGCAGGGAAGAACUAAGUGCAGAGGGGCGGAGGGAAGAAAGGAACAGACCAAAGGGAAACGGAGGUGGAGGUCGGGGAAUCCUAAGGGUUUCUAUAGAAAAACAGCCGGGUACCACGUCACAUAGUGGGCUGUCUCUACAUCGCAAGCCAGGCUUGGUUCUUCGUGGCAGAGGUGGGGGUAUCCUGGUGCUUCCAGCUCGCACAGACAUCUCUAAUUCCCCAGAGGUCGGGCAAAGGCUUCUUUUUGGUGGAAUCAGGGGAGGAGGACCUUGCAGGAGUAGAGGAGGCAGAGGAGGAGGAGUGAGACGGCUCUGGGAUCCAAAUAAUCCCGACCAGAAACCUGCUCUUACCAGCACCCAAUCCUCACAGCAUUCAUCUCUCCAGCAGCCUAUAUAUCUUCAGACUGGGGCUGGAAUUGGACAACUUCACUUUCUCGACACAGACGAUGAGGUAGCAGGCAGUCCUCCAGUGUCGCAGGGUGAUCACUUUCGAUCCCAGCAGGCUGCUGCCAUGGCCUACUACAAAUUCCAAAACUCUGACAACCCCUACGGCCACCCCAUGCCCACCAGCAACCCACAUAGUCCCGGUGCCACCAGCAGCCAGCGCUAUCCAUAUCCUUAUCAUAUGGGGCCCUACCAAAUGGCUCCCCCAAAUGGCAUGUACCCUGGCCUUGGUGUGGGUCAGUUCUGUGGGAGUUACAGGGGAGCAGGUUAUUCCCAGCCUGGAGCAGGAGGUAGUUUGACAUUUGAAGAGGUGGAGCAACAAGCCCGAGGGGAGCUGGGGAGGAUGCUGAGGGCUGCAGAUGCACAGGAGCUCCAGCUCAGUAAUCUGCUUUCCAGGGACAGAAUGAGUGCUGAAGGACUGGAUCGCAUGGCCCAACUCAGAGCCGACCUUUUGGGGCAAUAUGAGCAGGUCAUCCUGACAGACAUCGACUACUCAGACUCACAGAACGUGGAUCAGGCUUUGUGGAAGAAUGUGUUUUACCAGGUCAUUGAGCGCUUCCGGCAGCUACUCAAAGACCCCACUUAUGACAACACCCCUCAUAUAAGGAACAUGCUGCUCACGCUGCUUGACGAGGGGGCACUUUUCUUUGAUGCGCUGCUGCAGAAGCUGCAGACAGUGUACCAGUUUAAGUUACAGGAUUACAUGGAUGGCAUGGCUGUCAGGGCUCGGCCAUUACGCAAAACGGUGAAGUAUGCAAUCAUCAGUGCUCAGCGCUGCAUGAUUUGUCAGGGAGAUAUCGCACGUUACCGGGAACAAGCCAGUGAUUCGGCCAACUACGGCAAGGCUCGCAGCUGGUACCUGAAAGCCCAGCAGAUUGCACCCAAAAAUGGACGACCAUAUAACCAGCUGGCCCUGCUGGCAGUCUAUACAAAGCGGAAGUUGGAUGCUGUGUAUUAUUACAUGCGCAGCUUGGCAGCUUCCAACCCCAUCCUGACUGCAAAGGAAAGCCUGAUGAGUCUGUUUGAGGAAGCUAAGCGAAAGACAGAGCAGCUUGAGCGAAGGAGGAGACAAGAGCAUGAAGGAGGCUCUAGGGGCCCGGCAGUGAGAGGGAGAGGAAGAGGGGAAGAUGGAGCCCGUGUGGAGAUAUGGAUUCGCCCCAGCGGACAAGCGGCAACCCCAUCCUCUCAGAGAGGAGGUAGUGAAUCCAGCAGAGACUCUGAACAGGAUGGAGAGCUGGGCACUCUCAGCACUAGUGAUCUAAAUAAGAGAUUCAUUCUGAUUUUCCUGCAUGCGCACGGAAAGCUCUUCACUAAAGUGGGCAUGGAAUCCUUCCCUGGAGUGGCCACCCGCGUUCUGCAGGAGUUUAAGACGCUGCUCCAGCAUGGCCCUUCACUCCUGGGCAGCACGCACAUGCUGCAGAUCAUCACCAUCAACAUGUUCACCAUACACAAUGCCCACAGCAGAGCUGAAGACAAGGAAGUGCGAUCUGUUUUACAAGAGCAAAGCACUGCCCUGGGUCUCGGCAUGUUCGCACUAAUGGUGCAGCGCUGCACAGAGCUGCUCAGGGAUACUCCUACAGAGCCAGUCCCCAUGGCAGAUGGAGAGGAGGAGAGUAAAGGGGAGGAUCUUGAGUGUAUGAUGAGGGUCUCUGCCUUCCCAUUAGACCUUAGAGAACUGCUGCCAAGCAUCAAGGUGUGGUCUGACUGGAUGUUGGGACAACCAGACCAGUGGAACCCACCACCGUGCAGUAUAGAUUGUAGCCCUGAUGUUUGGCAGUGCCUGGCUGACCUGUGUAACAUGCUGGCACAUGUGGACCACGAGGAAGUGCCGCUGUACAAAGUUGACACUGAAGAAGUCGAGGGAGAGGAGGAGUUGACUGUGCUGCAAUUGAAGGAGGACCGGCUGCUUGCUGGCUUUGUACCACUGCUUGCUGCACCACAGGAGCCUUGUUACACAGACAGACACACUGACAUGGCAAUUGCAGCAGAUUGUAAGAGAGUGACGGUGCUGAAGUACUUUCUAGAGGCUUUGUGUGGACAGGAAGAGCCUCUGUUGGCCUUCAAGGGAGGCAAAUACAUCUCUGUGGCAACUUCUCCUUCCCCUAACCACUCAAUGGAUACAAAGAGAAGGCAGGAUUCUCUAACAGAGAAAGAGGCUGACGAUGUCAUAGUCGAGGCAGAGUCGUCUCUCUCCGCUUCAGAAGGAGAGGAGGAUGCCGAGGAGGCGGGAGACAGCGAGAAUGACAUCAGGCAGCUGAAGGCGCGACGCAAUGUCCUCACCAACAAGCUGGCACAGCAGCAGAAGCGCAGAGAUAAAAUACAGGCAGUGCUGCAGACAGGCGGGCAGUUGGAGCUGGAAGUGAGGCCUCUCUUUUUGGUUCCAGAUACCAAUGGAUUCAUUGAUCACCUGGGAGGGUUGAAGAGACUCCUUCAGUGUGGAACAUACAUAAUAGUUCUGCCACUCAUCGUGAUUACAGAGUUAGAUGGCUUAGCUAAAGGCCAGGACAACUUUGGUGGAGGAGUGGGGUCAGGGGGACGUGGCACUGGUGGUCGUGGCAACUAUAAUGUUAGUGCAGCCCAUGUGCGGGCCGUGCAGGAGAAGGCCCGGUUGGCAGUGGCUUUCCUAGAGAAAGGUUUCGAAGCCAGGGAACCGUACCUCAGAGCCCUGACAAGCAGAGGAAAUCAGCUCGAGUCCAUUGCCUUCCGCAGUGAAGACACCUCUGGACAGCAGGGUACCAAUGAUGAUGUGAUUCUGUCCUGCUGCCUUCACUACUGCAAAGACAAGGCUAAAGAUUUCAUGCCUGAUCAGAGAAAUGGGACCGUGAGGCUCCAAAGGGAGGUGGUACUCCUUACAGAUGACCGUAACCUGCGCGUCAAAGCUUUGACUCGCAAUGUCCCAGUCCGAGACAUCCCCGCUUUCCUCAGCUGGGCCAAAGUGGGCUGAACCAGGCUAAGCUGGAAUCAAAGGAACCCAACUGUGGAAGCCUGCUUGCCACUCAGCCGCAAGAGAAGACACACUUGAGCAGAGAAAGAGAAGAAAGGAGACAACAGGGGAGAGGAAAUGAUUAAGAAAGAAUAGAACCACUUCUUAUGAAAAUACAAGCAAAUGUAGUGAGGUGUGUGUGUGUGUGUCUGUGUGUCUGUGUGUGUGUCUGUGUGUGUGUCUGUGUGUCUGUGAGUGAGUGCAGAUCAGAUCAGUGAGUUUCCCCGGAAAGAGACAGGGAGACUUGACAAGUCUCAGAAAGGCUGGACUGGAAGGCAGGAAAGGUACAAAUGGAGUGAUUGGAUUUGUAAGUUGUCUGGUCCAGCCCUGAGCCUCUGCUCCUAGUUGGUGAGUGUGAACUCUGCAAGCGGUAUUAACAUUAGAGGUGGAUGAAAGAGGGAGAGUGUUUAUGGUCAUUUAAUUGAUGACAAACAACGAUAAUGAAGGCCAUAACUGGCACUUCCACACUUCUCUUAGGGCCCAGUUGCAUAAACUGCUUUGACCUCUACAGCAGAGCUGAGAGAAAGGUAGGCAGAGAGAAGCACAGCUGGAAGGUCUUUGUCAGUACAGUAAGAAGUGUAGAGAGGGUUAAUCGAGCCCUAAUGCAACCUCAGCACCUCCAAGGAAUCCCUUGCCGGUAUGGCAUUUCCUGCUAACCCAGGAAGUGUUUAAUGCCUGUUUGGUAACUUUGGUUGUUCCUCCAGUUUGAUGCUAGUAUUAAGUUUGGGUAUUUUAAGAAAACGUUUUGAAAAAGUCAACAACGCAUUGGUUAUUAUUUAUUUUUGUAAAAGGUUUUUUUUUUCAUUUUGUAGACUCUGAUAAAAAGCAUCUGCCAAGUUUUCCCAUGUUUUCCAGCUCCAGAUGGAUUUAUAAAUAAUUUAUUUCUGUGUUUGAGCAGUAUAAUAAAUUCCUGAUAUUUGAUAUCAAGACUACUCAGUUGGUUUCCAGAACAUUAUGCUCAUUGGGAUGUAGCCCUUUGAGAGAAGUUCCACCCAUCUAUCACUUAACAAAUACAGUUUGACCCACGAUUUUAGGAUGAGAGUUCUUCCUUCACAUUGACUGGCAGAUGCUUUAUUAUCAAGUACCAUUGGUGACUAUUUUACUUUAUUUUCUAUUCAUCUUUACACUCUUUGUACUUUUCAGUGCAUACCACCACAGCAGUUACCUUUUCAUGAAAUGUUUUUAAUCACCAAUAACAGUAUUCCUCUUCAGAGUGUGCUUUCUUUUCCUUUUCUUUCGAGGUCCCAUAUUUUCUUUUCUUUUAGAAUACAUAAUACAUGAGGUAUACCGCCACAAAUUACAGUCUGUAAAGUUUCCAUCAAGUUUAAGCAACACCUUGCUGAUGCAUUGUCAACAAACGUUCAACACAAAGGCAGUAUGUGUGUUUGUGUUUUUGCUUGCUCUGGAUUGCUUUAGGACACAGUUUCAGGAGAUACUGAGUUAUAGUGUAUGUUUCUGUCUGUAUUUGUGUCUGGAUGCUCAAAAUAGAUCUACACCUAUGUUAUCUUGUUAUGUUGCAUCAUACACAAUACAUCAUUCACUUGUGACCGUUUGAUCAUACAAAUUUAGAAUAAUACUGUAUGUAGAAGUGGCUACCCUGCGUUGUAUUUGUCCUGUACCUUUUCAGCUAGGUAGGCUCGUAAAACUUCCAUAAGCAGUUGAUGUUUAAGUAUUUUUGAAAAACCUCUAGAAAGGUUUAUUAGUUUCUUCAGCCCCUCUGUUUUUGUGCUACUGUAUGCUCAGUGCAAUCUACUGUGUUAAGUGGCUCUGCUGAAGUGAAUACAUAGUCAAUUUAACACGUUUUCAUCGACCAACAAUAAAAUGUUUUGAUGGCA